AAUAAAUGAUGAUGGCAUCCAAAUCUUUGUCUUAUAUUUUAUAAGCUGAUAGGAAAUUCACCUCUAACGCAGCAAUUUCAAUAAAAUAAUUCUCAAAUUAUUGGCUGCAUAUAAUAUAUUUUUCUUUCCAUUUUCCUCUUUAAAGCGUUCCCAUUUCGUAUAGUAAUUUUUUUAUUUUGUGGUCCAAUCCUAAUUCAGCAUAUAAUUUGUGGGUAAGUAGCUAGUUCUUCUCGAGAGGAAGAAGAACUCACUAACCCACUUUAUCUUCCCUUUUCUCUCCUUAAUUUUCCCCCUCUCUAAACUAAAAUACCCAACUUUUAUAUCUAGGUAAUUUUAAUUUUCUUAAUAUUUUUACUUCAACAAUUGUUGGGUAUUGUUUCAUUUAAUUGUGGGUAUUUAAAAAGACCCAAAUUUGAAGAAAUCUGUGAAGUUAGAGUUGGGGGAGGAAAGGAGGAGAGAGAAAAUAUAAUGGGUUUAGGUGCAGUUGAAUCAGGAAACAUAGGUGGGGGUGAUGGUGGUAAUUAUGUUGGAUUAAGAAGUUUUGUGAGGAGAAAAAGGGUGGAUUCAGAGCAUAGCAAUUCUUCAAGUGGUCAUCAAUUAGCCAAAGCCUUAACUGUUCCUCACCUUGUUGCUAUUGGUGUUGGUUCAACUAUCGGAGCUGGUGUUUAUAUACUUAUUGGCACAGUAGCAAGAGAGCACUCUGGACCUUCACUUGCUAUUUCUUUCCUUAUAGCUGGUAUAGCAGCUGGCCUUUCGGCGUUUUGUUAUGCAGAACUUGCUAGUCGAUGCCCUUCUGCUGGAAGUGCUUACCAUUACUCAUACAUAUGUGUUGGAGAAAGUGUCGCUUGGCUAAUUGGUUGGGCUUUGAUUCUGGAAUACACUGUUGGUGGCUCUGCAGUUGCUCGCGGUAUCUCACCGAACCUGGCAUUGCUUUUUGGUGGUGAGAACAGCAUGCCUCCAUUUCUGGCCCGUCAAAUAAUUCCUGCCCUUGACAUCACAGUUGACCCUUGUGCUGCAAUACUUGUGUUCAUUGUCACUGGACUUUUAUGUGUCGGCAUCAAGGAGAGUACAUUUGCACAAGGCAUCGUCACAACAGGAAAUGUAUGUGCCAUGAUUUUUGUCAUAAUUGCUGGUGGAUAUCUUGGGUUCCAAAACGGAUGGCCUGGAUAUGAGCAGUCUGUGGGAUUCUUCCCUUUUGGAGUAGAUGGGAUGCUUGCUGGCUCUGCAACAGUUUUUUUUGCAUACAUUGGCUUUGAUUCAGUGGCAAGCACUGCUGAGGAGGUGAAACAUCCACAAAGAGAUUUACCGCUAGGAAUUGCUGCUGCACUUUCUAUAUGCUGUGCAUUAUAUAUGCUUGUUUCUAUUGUUGUUGUUGGUCUGGUACCCUAUUAUGCUAUGGAUCCUGAUACGCCUAUAUCUUCCGCAUUUUUAACUCAUGGGUUGCAUUGGGCAGCAUAUAUCAUCACUGUCGGAGCAGUUACAGCUCUCUGCUCAACAUUGAUGGGCUCACUUCUUCCCCAACCACGGAUUCUGAUGGCAAUGGCUAGAGAUGGUUUGCUGCCAUCCUUUUUCUCGGAUGUCAGCAGAAAGACUCAGGUUCCAGUGAAGAGCACUGUAACUACUGGAAUUGUUGCCGCACUACUAGCUUUCUUUAUGGAUGUUUCACAAUUGGCAGGGAUGGUCAGUGUAGGUACUCUGCUGGCGUUCACUAUUGUGGCUAUCUCACUUCUAAUAAUAAGAUAUGUGCCACCAGAUUUGGUGCCACUUCCAUCAUCACUUCAGGAAUCUAUAGAUGCAGUUACAUUGCAAUACAGUGAAUUUGCACAGGAUUUUGGGACCUCUGAAGAUACUGACAAACCUUUGCUCAAUAAAUUAAAUGUGGAAGUCAGUUUUCCUGUGCUUUUGAAGCAAGUAGCUAACGGAAGCUAUACACUAAGUGAUGAAAAGAGAAGGAAAAUUUCUGGCUGGACUAUCAUGCUUACUUGUGUUGGAGUGCUGCUUCUUACAUCGGCCGCUUCUUACGUCAGUCUUCCCAGUAUUUUUCGGUACACAUUGUGCGGAGUGGGUGGUGGUCUUCUUCUAUCUGGUCUAACAGUGCUCACUUGCAUUGAUCAAGAUGAUGCCAGGCACAGCUUUGGCCACACUGGAGGUUUUAUCUGUCCAUUGGUUCCUCUACUGCCAAUUACCUGCAUUCUGAUCAAUGUCUACUUGCUGAUAAACUUGGGAUCUGCUACCUGGAUCCGAGUCUCAGCGUGGCUAGUGAUAGGAGUUAUCAUUUACUUAGUUUAUGGGCGAAGACACAGCUCCCUGAGAGAUGUCGUGUACGUGCCAUCAGCUCAUGUCGAUGACAUUUGCAGCAGUUCUCGAGAUAUUUUGGCAUAGCUCCUACAACCAGCAGGCUUCUUGUUGGGCUUCAAAUUAUCAGAUGUAGACUAGUUAGCAUUGUGCCAUGAAUGUACAAUAGUUGUUACAUGUGGCAGCUCAUUGUAGUUCCAAUAUGCUGGCUGUAUAUUGUGUAUACAUGUAUCCAAUUGCUCUAGAGGCCAGGGGCAUGUAACUUAAUUGUAUAUAUGUUUUACUACGUGAUUUAUGACAAAAGGACUAUGACCUACGUUAAUAUCUGUAAAUUCUGGUUUCUGCAAUGAUUUCUAAGGUACUUGUGGGGAUACUGA